AUGGUUGGCAACCGCCCCCCAAUGCACCGACCGACCGAGGGACGAUCGCAGCAACCGUUACUCAAGGAUGACCCCCAAGGGCGCCUUUCUCGAUCCAGCUUCGGCCAUGACGCGGAAAACCGGCCCAUGUUGCACCACGCUCGUCGGCCUACCAUUCAGAGUAGAAACUCGGAAUACGACGCUGCCCAGGCGACUCGCAAGAAGUAUAUGAUUGCGGGAGGAUUCCUGCUGUUGAGUUUGGCUAGUUUUGUCAUUCAGACUGAAACUGCUGUAUACAUUCAGCACGAGCUGCAUUGGGAUAAACCAUAUUGCAUGCUCUAUAUCACCCACGGUUCCUGGGCACUGCUCUGGCCUGUCCAGCUUCUCAUUCUGCGAAUUCAAAAGCGAAAGCUAUCAUGGGAUGCAUUCUGGCGCCGCCAUGUCUUCCUCAUCAAAACCACCGCUCAAAUGGUCGAAACGCAAGAUGUACACCUAUCAACCCGUGAAUCACACCGCUCGCCUGUCCCGUACAUGUUGAAGACAACCGCCUUUGUGACCACCGCUUUGACGAUAGCCGGUGGUUCAUGGUACGUCGCCGUUAACAUGACGACAGCCAGUGACCUGACAGCUAUUUACAACUGCUCCGCCUUUUUCGCCUACGCCUUUUCGAUCCCCCUCUUAAAGGAAAAGCUGCGAUUUGACAAGGUCUUCUCCGUGUGUGUGGCCAUCAUCGGCGUCCUCGUCGUCGCUUACGGUGACCGACCCGAGAAGAAGGUCUCCAAGGGAGGUACUACCGGUGCUGAGGACCAUGAAGCCCAGAACCGGCUUUUGGGUAACAUUGUCAUCGGUGUCGGCAGUGUGCUCUACGGUCUGUACGAGGUGCUAUACAAACGCUUUGCUUGUCCACCGGAGGGAACCAGUCCCGGCCGUGGCACCAUUUUUGCCAAUACAUUUGGUAGCAUGAUUGGAUGUUUCACACUCACUGUUCUGUGGAUUCCUAUUCCUAUUCUGCACAUGCUAGGCUGGGAGACCUUCCGCAUCCCCACGGGCGAGGCGGCUUGGAUGCUGCUAAUCUCCAUCUGUGCCAAUGCUACUUUCUCUGGAUCCUUCCUGGUCCUAAUCUCCCUCACAUCCCCUGUUCUAUCAUCCGUCGCCGCCCUUCUAACAAUCUUCCUCGUCGCAAUCGUCGACUGGUUCCGCACGGGUCAACCCCUGUCUUUCGCAGCCAUCAUCGGCGGAAUCCUAAUCAUGGCGGCAUUCUUCCUAUUAAGCUGGAGCACAUACCGUGAAAUGCGCGAGGAACGCAAAAAGCAUCUUGAGAAUGACCAGGUCGAGUCGGAAAGCGAUGAAUAG